AUGCCCUCUCGUAUGGACUCUCCCCUUCAGGUCACUGUGUAUGAACGAUAUGAUUUUGCUGGAGAGGUUGGCGCGUCACUGAGUGCAGCGAGCAAUGGCAGUCGCUUUCUAGAGCAAUGGGGCGUGGAUGUGAGCGCGGCAAAGCCAGUAAUUCUGAAACAGUUGAUCAUGCAUGACUGGUCAUCAGGGGAUGUUCAAAAGACUUAUCCCCUUGGCGAUUAUAAGUCAAAGUUUAACACUCCAUACUAUAACUUCCACCGCAUUGAUAUUCACAAUCAGUUACUGAAAUCUGCAACUGAAGAGGAAGGAGAGGGACCUGCAGUUACUCUAAAGGUGAAUCACAAGGCUGUUGAAGUCAAUGCAGAAGAAGGCGUGAUCCGGUUUGAAAAUGGAUCUCAGACCACUGCCGAUUUGAUCGUGGCUGCCGAUGGGAUUCGGUCCCUCACAAGGGAGCUUAUUGGAAUAACACCCAACUUUGCGAUGUCCAGCUCCUGUGCCUAUCGAUGCAUUAUCGGAGCGGACAAACUUCGCUCUCUGGAUCUGGAAGAUUAUAUCUCCAACGAGGCAAUCGAGUACUGGGGUGGGUUUGGAAUCGAUAAAAUAGUGAUGAGUCCUUGUUCUAAUGGGGAGGUUGUUUCUUGCUAUUGUUUCUUCCCCACAUCCAAGAGACUCGGAUCAGAUGCUGGAGAAAACGCAUGGGCCUCGAGUACGACCCCCGAGCAGCUAGUAGAGACAUUCAUAGACUUGGAUCCAAGAAUGAAGAAACUCAUGCUGAAUGCAGAAGAUAUUAAAGUUUGGAGAUUGUAUCGACAUGAUCCAUAUCCCUACUGGGUGAAAGGCAAAGUGUGUCUUCUGGGAGAUGCAGCGCAUCCUAUGAUGCCCGACCAAUCCCAGGGGUCAUGCAUGGCGUUUGAAGAUGCAGGAGCUGUCGGUCUUAUUUUUAAUAAGAACUUCCGUAACGACUAUGGAGUCGGGGAAGGGCUGGAACUGUAUGAGAGACUGCGCAAGCCACGGGCUACUCAAAUACAAGAGGCCAGCUUCCGAGCUCGAGAGGAUCUUAACGAACGUAUUGGUUGGAGCUCUUCCUCUGAUAGGCCAGGAAAAUUGACCAUCGAGGAGGUGUGUGGGUAUAAAAUGGAAGAACACCUGGAGAAACUCAAGAUAGAGGCUUAG